UCUGAUAUUAGAGCCAAAGAUUGUAUAGAAAGCGACUGCAAUAAUCGAUCCAACUUCGUUUGGUUGGUACCACCUUCACCAUUUUCAUCUGGCGAUGUUGGUAGCUCUGCACAUCGGUCUGGUAGCAUUUGUUCAUCACCUUGGAGAAUAGUGAGGUAUCCGCAAUAUUCUCAAGUCUUGGUGAAAACAGAAGGCAGCCAACAGAAUAUCAAGAUGAAGUUCCAACGAGAGUUGUGUAUAUCGUGCAUGUGUGUGUUGGUGACUCUUUUAUCCGUGGGACACAGCCGCGAACAACCAGUCUUCAUGAACCAGUUUGCUGUUCACAUCCCGGCGGGGUCGAAAGCAGCCGAUGACAUCGCCCGGAAACAUGAUUUCAACAACCUCGGACAGAUUUUCGACGAUCACCGAAAUAUACAGAAAAGACAGUGAACCAGUGUCCGAAGGUUGGUUACAAUGACAUAAGUAAUUUUAGAAUGACCAUCUUAUAACUUAUUCUCUUAGCGUCUUCUUUUAAAAAUGCGAUAAAUCAAUGUUUUGUUUUUUUUAAGAAAUUCUGGUUUUUGUAAUACUCUCUACAAUUGUUGGGCAGGCAAAGCUGUUAAUUUUUGUCUAUUCAUUUGUGAAAGAUUUUCUUAUUAAAUGGUAAUUGCUGUUGAAAACGGAAAUAUUCUGAAGGUAAUUUUGCAAUAAAACG